AUGUCGGGGGGCUUCGAGCUACAGCCGCUAGACGGCGGCCCUCGGGUGGCCCUGCCGCCCGGGGAGACGGUGAUCGGUCGCGGGCCGCUGCUGGGCGUAACAGACAAGAGAGUGUCCAGAAGGCAUGCCGUUCUUGAGGUGGUGGGUGGUCAGCUUCGAAUCAAACCGAUACACACAAAUCCAUGUUUUUAUCAGUCUUCUGGGAUGACCCAACUAUCACCAAUGAAGAUGAAUAUAUGGCGUUGGCUGAAUUCUGGAGAUAGUUUUUCUUUGUUAGUUGACAAAUACAUUUUUCGUGUUUUUUCUGUACACUCGGAGACAGAAUUGGAAUGUACUUUAAGAAACAGUCAAAUGCUUGAUGAAGGAGAGAUAUUGGAUGAAACAUCAAACCCCCCUUCACUGGAUUUACCUAAGAAAACUAGUACCCCACGGCUGGAAGAGAGCACCGAAAUAGCCAGUAUCCCAACUAUGACUACAAAUAGUGUGUCUGUUGUAGAGAAAUGUGGAGACUUUAAUCAGCAGCUGUCAAAUCUUACCCAAAGGAAAAGAAUCCUUCCAGCUUGGAUGUUAGCAGAUGGUCUAAGUGAUCAAAGCCUUUCAGCACCAGUCAUCAGUGCAGCCUUACGAGGAUAUCAGCAGCUGGUUUCUGGGCCCAUUCUAAUCCAGUAUGACUGCAUUUUCACUAAUUACUUUCGCAAAAGAAGAACAAAGGAUGGGCUAGUUCAUAAUAGCCUUUUGCAGGAUCACUUCUGGCCCAAAUUCAGGAUGGACCUCCUCUUUCGCCUUCAGGUUUUGCUAACUCUGCAGAGGAUUUUGGCUGAGGAAGUACCACAAUCGCUUUCUGCACCCACGCUGAGUGAUGCAGAGGUGAAUCAUUUGAAGACUGACACACAGGAAAACAAAAUCCCAAUACAGGAACUUGAUGAAAUCUCUGAACAGAGUUCUGUCACUAAAGGAACACCCAAUAAAAUGCAUGAGGCAGUGAGCUCUUCUGAGAGCUGUUUGAGUGCUGCAGGCAAUUCUUCCCACGAUGAGCCCCAAGGAUCUCCUCCCAAGUUGGCCUCUGAUCCUUCCAAGCCUGAGACUUCGCAUGCAAAGUCCUCUGUUUCUGUUUCACAAGGUUCUGAAGAAGACAAAGCCAAAAGGACAUCCUGCGUAUAUGGGGCCAAAUGUUACAGGAAGAACCCUGUCCACUUCCAACACUUCAGCCAUCCAGGGGAUAGUGACUAUGGAGAUGUCCCGGUCAUGAAGGAAGACGAUGAGGCUGAUGACCGGCCUGAGUGUCCCUAUGGAACAUUGUGCUAUAGGAAGAAUCCUCAGCACAAGAUAGAAUAUAAACAUAGUGCCCCUCCAGGGAGAAGCACUUUAGAUGAGGAUGAUGGUAACACCGGACCGCCGAAUGAGUACGACCCGAACGACAGCUUUAUCGAUGAUGAGGAAGAAGAAUAUGAGCCAACAGACGAAGACUCUGACUGGGAGCCCGGGAAGGAAGACCAAGAGAAGGAAGAUGUUGAAGAGCUUUUGAAAGAAGCAAAAAAGUUUAUGAAAAGAAAAAAGUAACUCCCUUGCUGGAAUAAUAUAGGAUGUGACAUAUAUUUUUUUGGUGGGGAAAUCUGUGAACUAAGGGGGCACUGAAGAAAUCCUUGUUUCCUUCUUUCAUAGUUACAGCUCUUACUGUUGGCAUUUUGGACAUGCACUGUUGAAAUGUCAGCCUUCAUAGAGGGGAUCGGCUUUAUUUUGUUGCUUUGGUUUGCCUGUUCUAUUUAAAGCAUUUGGAAAUAUGAAAUAGAAAGGGAAGUUAAAGAGUGAUCGUCAUUAUUUUUCAUGUACUCUGUGUGCUGGUAAUAAAAAGUAAAAGCCA